AUGGACUCUAUUGUCAAGACACUCGGAUUCAGUAGUACUGUAACGCUCCUUAUUACUGCUCCUGUGUAUGUAUUUGGUUUCUUUACUUCCUUCGGAAAUUCCCUUCUGCCGCAGCACACGGAUAAGAGGGCAAUCCUGAUUGUAUGGCCUCUGAUUGUCGAUAUCGUGGGAAAUGUCAUGUUGAUCACCACACGUUCCACCGCGCCUAGAUAUGUUGGCAUGUUUUUGAUGUGUGCUGGAUCAUAUUCCGCAUUUAAUGUGGUUCAGGCGUGGAUCGCCAGCACUGUACCGCGGACCAGAACUAAGCCAGCCAUUAUGUAUGCCAUGGUCAAUUUGUUUGGUAACUCUUCUAAUAUUUACUGGUCAUACUUCUUCCCCAGCUCUGAUGAGCCUCAGUAUCGUAUGGGGGGCAUUAUUCUUUCUCUUGGCCUUGGCCUUUGGCUUCGACAAAUGAACAAGAAGGCUUCUCAACAGGAAAGCAUGGAUGGUCAACGACGGUAG